GUCUGGUACUGGUAGCAGUCGACCCUCGAAGACAAUGGCAUCGCAAGUGGGCGACGUAGCAAUGGAAUCAACCUCGUCUGGCGCAGCUCAAGGCUCCAGCGUAGAGCAUGCUGCUCAUGCUCAGAGGCUCAUGAAGAGGUUAGAGGCCUGCGACAAGCAAUUGUCUCUAUUGCUCACACAGACGGCAGAUUCGCUGGAGUCAUUGCUCAACAACUCCAAGCAGACUGCUGGCACGAGUGAGCAGGCGGAUUUAGGCGAAUUCGAGGAUGUCGCGCAGGACUGGCUCGCAAGCGUCUACGAUAUCCAGUUGAUGCUGCGUAAAGCCGUCCGCUUCCUCGUCCGCUCAUCCCGGCCACCGAUCAUGACUGCCACCCAUUCCUUCAUCCAAGGCGGCGGGGUGAGCGCAGCAGCAGCCGGUACAGCAUUGAAAGCUCCGCUUCCUUCCAGCUCUGAGGCGCAGCAGAAUGGCGAAGUAGCUACAAGUCAGUCGGCCGGAGCAGGACAAGAUGAUAGUGGAGCCAAGAGUGCAGAGCUGUCACUGAGUGCAUUGCGGUUGAAGCAUCAAGCUUGCAAGGAGCUACUCGAUGCCUUGGAGGCCAUCAAAGCCACUGCACUUGUCUCGGAAAGCUCUUCGUCUUCGGCAUCUUCGGAGUCAGACAUGCUUCGUUUACUGGGCUUGCACUCGCCUGUUGAGCCUCAGAGGUGACUUGGUGAGCGGAAGCCUUUGCAUCUUCCCGUCUGUACAUGCAUCAAUAUUAUACCCAUUGCGCGAUCUCUGC